AUGAACACGUCAGAAAGUGAUAAUUCAAAAGUGAGUCCUAUCAAGGAUUCAUCAGAAAAAGAUUUAGUUGAGAUCUCAAGUAAUUCUAUGUCUUUCAAUGAGGUUAAAUCUAAAAGAAACUCUGAAGAAAUCCCAAGUGAAGUGAAGAAAGACUGUGAAUCAGAUUCAGAUGUUAGCCUUCAACCUGGUGUUCAAAUGGUUGAACUACUUCGACACGCUUGGCCUAAGAAACUGUUGUACAUUGCCUAUGGAUCCAUUGUUCUAUCUUCGUUAAUCGUCAAUUUUUCAAAAUAUGCUUCUGGGACAUAUACACCUUUUGUCACUAGCGAUUUUAAUACGCAUUCUCUUCUAUCAACUGCUGGAGUUCUUGAAAGAAUUGCUAGCAUAGUCUCUUACCCAAUUGUUGCAAAAACCUCUGACUUUUUUGGAAGAGCUGAUGGAUUUUCCCUUGCAUUCACAAUUAUUAUUGUUUCAUAUAUUAUGUAUGCUUCUUGCCAAAACAUAUAUACCUAUGUUGCUGCCUCUGUAUUUGACUCCAUUGGUGAUGUAUCAUAUGCAAUUAUGGUACAAAUAUUUAUAUCCGACACUUCUUCUUUUGCUAACCGUGGAUUUCUUUUAUCUCUUCCCGAAGCAAUUACAACAAUUCCCACUUUAUAUCUGGGUUCUAUCGUUGCAGAAAGUAUGCUUGAUCAUUCAACAUGGAGGUGGGGAUAUGGAAUGUGGGCACCAAUUAUCUUCUUUAUUGCGCUGCCACUUAUUGGAAUACAAUGGUAUCUUCAAAGAAAAGCCACUCAAUCUGGUGUUGAAAAAAAAAAAAUCCGAAUCUUUCAAAAUUUUAAACAGGGUGAUUCCAUUUGGAAAAAGAUUUAUCGUGUUCUUUGGAUUGAACUUGAUUUGGGGGGUGCACUUCUUUUAAUUGGAGCCUUGUCUCUAAUUCUAGUCCCCAUAACACUCACAGGGAAAUCAUACUCUUAUCGUUGGCAUGAUGCUUCGUUCAUUGCUAUGUUUGUUGUGGGAUUUGUGCUUCUUGGUGCCUUCUUAUAUUGGGAUACUAGAAUUGCUGAGAAGCCAUUUAUUCCUUACAGAAUGAUUAAACACUGGACUGUGAUUGCUGCCUUGUUAAUGAAUGCUUUUGAUUUUUGUGCGUAUGCAAUUUACACAAGUUUUUUCCCAAGUUUUCUUCUUGUUGGAGCUGGGUAUUCGGCUGGUCAGUCUACGCGUGUAGAUAAUUCUCUUAGAGUAUCAUUUCAAAUAUCAUCAGUUGUUAUUGGUCUUUUCAUGAAAUACUUUCAAAGAUCAAAAAUAUUUGUUCUUAUUGGAGUGCCUCUCUGUAUCUUAGGUCAAGGCCUCAUGAUAUAUCUUACAAACAUUAAUGGAACACAUGUUGGCUCUGAAGUGGCAUUUGUGACUGCUAAAGUACUUUAUGGUAUUGGGCGUGGUUUUUAUCAAACAUCUCUCCAAGUAUCUGUUCAAUCAGUAGUCACAAAGCAGGAUGUUGCCGUUGUUACCGCAUUAUUUUUUGCUGCGAUGAGUCUCGGUGGUGCGAUAGGUGUUUCAAUUGGAGGAGGAUUUUGGAAUAACUACCUACCUGAAAGGUUAGUUGAAUUUCUCCCAGAAGAAGCACAGAAAAAUGCCACAAGUAUCUUUAAAAGUAUAACUGUUGCUCGAGCCACAAAAGGAGAAAUUAGAGAAGCAGUUAAUACUGCAUAUCGACUCACGCUCCAAAAAUUGGCCAUUAUGGGCACUUGCUUUCUAAUUCCUCUUCUUUUAUUAAUGUUCUUUAUUAAAAACACACAUCUUAACACUUCAGAAGAAGAAAUAAAUUCUGAAGAGGAAGAAAAGGAAAGAGUAAAGAAUCAUGUCAUAACACAUCAUGAACAAACUUCACCAGAAGAAGGGCCCGUGAUCAAAAGCUCUAUUAUAAUUCAAGAAAAAAUUUAA